CAACAUGGCAGUGGGGUGUUGCGCCAUGUUUGCAGUCCACUCAUGCCUGUCCGUGGACAGUGACAACUGAGCUGGACUUGGAGCCGCAUGGAGCGGUACCAUGUGUUGCAGAUGGUCGGACAGGGCUGCUUCGGCAAAGUCUUCAAGGGACGUCGGAAGCAGACUGGAAAGAUAGUUGCAAUGAAAUUCAUCUCUAAGCGUGGCAAGCCUGAGAAAGAUCAGGAGAAUCUACGACGUGAGAUCGGGAUUCUCCAGAGGUUAGAUCAUGAAAACAUCAUCCUUUUGUUGGAUUGGUUCGAAACCAGCACUGACUUCGUGGUAGUGACGCAAUUUGCCUACGGCGAGCUCUUUGAGAUCUUCCAGGAUGACAAACGGCUACCAGAAGCAGAGGUGAGCAACAUUGGGAGACAGCUUGUGAAGGCCCUGAAUUACCUACACUCAGAGAAAGUGAUUCACCGUGAUAUGAAACCUCAAAACGUGCUUGUCAGCUCCAAUGGCACGAUCAAACUCUGUGAUUUCGGAUUUGCAAGAGCUCUGUCUUCCUACACUACAGUGCUGACAUCCAUCAAGGGAACUCCACUGUACAUGGCACCAGAACUGGUUCAGGAGCUACCCUACGACGGACGCGUCGACUUGUGGUCUCUGGGAGUAAUAUGUUACGAGUUGUUUGUUGGUCAGCCACCAUUCUACACAAAUUCUCUGAUGACAUUGGUGCAGUUGAUCAUACAAAAACCAGUGCAUUUCCCAGACUCCAUGUCUUCGACUUUUCGUUCUUUCUUGAAAGGUUUGCUUCAAAAGGACCCAUCCUAUCGUUUGGGAUGGCCAGACCUCUUGAGUCAUCCCUUCAUCAAGGAGGCUUUUGGUCGGCAAGGCUCGGCCCGUGAGGUCGGCGCAUUGCGACCACCACCAGCUCGUGCACGCAGCAGUUCCGCCAAAGCAACGGCCACGAAGCAUCUCAUCGAGGCCUGGGGUCAGGCUGCGGCUGCGCCACUUGGCAUAGCUGGUGGAGCUGGUGGAGCUGGUGCAGGAGCACCACCUGGUGCACUGGUCACACCUGGUGGAUGCCAAACAUGGCAGACCAUCGAGCCCUGGCUGCCUUUCUUCAGACAGGCUUCAGCUGCUCCAGGGCGCCAUUGCAGUGAUACUUUGAACGAAGACUUUGCCGACCUUUGCGUGAAAGUGUUGGAGCUUUAUGCUGAAGUACUGGACUUACAGCUCGUGACCAAGGAAACCCCAAGACUGGAGCGCCAAGGAUUAGAGCUGAGCCUCACUGAGGCCAAGAGAGGAGAGGGCAAGAUGUCGCUUCCUUUGUCUUGGCUUCUCCGGGGUUUGAUACAUGUCUUUAGCCACGCUAACCCUCCUGCAGUGCUAUCGCGCUUAGCAACGACCAUGUGUGCUUCACAGCUUCUAAAAGUGAUGAAAUGCCUAUGUCAGAGCCAUGCUCGGGAUUGGGGUCCAGCAUGGGAUGUGCUCUCUGACCUUAGCCGAUUGUUUGGCCUUUGGUUGAGAUCUUUGCUCACACUGGGGAUGACAAAGCUUUGCGACGAAGUGCUUUGUCCAGAUGGUAUUUUGUUUCAAUUUCUCGCGUUGGCUCCAGCUUUGAUUGUGAAAGAAGGUUCUUGCAAGGAACUUGGAGUGCAAUCUGAUACGAUAAACCAUGUGGGCGCAGCAAUCAAUUCGGUGAAGUGCAUAGGGGUGGUGUUCUCGCACAUCUCAAACGCUGCGUCAGCAUCUCCAGGCUCUUCGUUUGCGGCUGGGCUCUACCGUGGUUUAUCUGGACUGGAUGGGAACAAAGCAAGCAAAAGAACCGCGGAAGCAGUGGCGCUCUUGUGUGCCUGCUUGCGGUGGCACCCAAGAUUGACAAAAAACGCACUGUGCCCAGCGAAUGAGGGGGAGAAGAUGUUUCGUGCCGUCGUUCAAGCUCUUGCGGCACUCAUUACUCGGUCAGGGAAGAGCUUUCCCUGGGGUGAUUUGGCCACUGCCCCAGGUGCAAAGUUGCCAAGCUCCAAGGACUCCAAGGACUCCAAGGUCUAUCUUUCGGUUCGAGGCCUCAUUGAUGCUGUGAGAACUGAAAUGGCGCGCUCAGAAGGACUUCCUGGCGAGGGAGAGCUGACAGCUUUGCUUUGGGAAUUGCGGCAUGAUGCUUCUGCCCUGAAACUGCUGAUUGGUCUUCUCUGGUCUUCCAACGAAAUGUGCAAGGAGCUGGCUGCAAGCCUGACCGAUAGCAUUGGUCUUGGCUUCAGCCCGGAGAGUGUGUUGACAGCUAUUGAGGCGACUUGCCAGGAUCGUGCGCAGCACAAGACCCUGGGGCCACUUGCGAUGUUGCUGGUGGUCCACGUUUUAUGCUUGAGGCCCUUCGGUGGAGAGCCCCAGUUUGCACGGGUCGGAAGCCCACCGCGAACUUGCUCCCCACUGCCUCCAUGGUGCAAUUUGACAACGAUGCAAGCGGUCAUUUCAUGCCUCCCAUUUGAUCCUGGCCAGCAAGAUGUGAUCUCCGUCCUCUGCCGAUGCUAUGCGCUUGAACUGGUGGCAGCUCUGGGCUUCUGCCUGACAGCAAGCAAGGACGCGCGUGCACAGAUUUGUGAAUCCAUGAAUGGUGUUCGUGAUGUGGUCCAUGUUCUUCUGUCCUCGGCAGCUACGAAAGCCUUCACUCAGCAGCUCAUGGAUGAACUACAGCUGAAUGAGGUGGCCGCCCAUGGUUGCCUACUCCGCGGCCCAUUGGAUGGCGUUCUGGCAGUUGCGUCUCUGCAGCGGGCCUUGACAUCAGGCAGUCCUCCACAGCUUGUGCGGACCGUUCUGGGUGCUGCAUUUGCAGCAGAGGAACCAGAAAGUCUUUUGGCCUUGAUGGGCCCUAAAGCUUUGCUGCAGUUCUUAGACAUUUUCGCCGGAUCGCAGGAGUUCUUGGCCCCGUCCUUCGCCACUUUGAGAUGUGCGCUCUCGCUCUUCUCAGCUUUGCAGUGCUUGAGUAUGUUGCCUUUGUCAGAGAUACCCGGAAUGCCUGUCAAUCUGGCACCCGCCUUCGAGGCUUCGCUGGGGCUGAUCCUGCAGAUUCUGCAACUUCUUGAGCCAGAGCGCGGCAAGGUGGAGGAAAUCCAUGCAGAGUUUCACCGCUACCAGACGAUAGCCACGGUUCUGCGCUUGUUUGCAACGCUGGCCAUGGAGCAAGGUAUGGCUGGAGGUAGCAAGACUUGGUGGCCAUGCUUUUGCUCCGGGCUUCACCUUUUGACGGUGCUGGUGCUUGAGCACCAAACGCUCGCUCAUGAGUUCGUGAUGAAUGAAGGCGUGCAGAUGGUGAAGAGGCGAAAGCUUCUGUCGAUGGAGCUGGUGUUCUCUGAAGAGGGUGGUGUCGUUGUGACUGAUGUGCUGGUCAUCCUGUCGCAGCUGGCACGCUUGUCGGCAGAUUACUACCCGCUCUUGUUCAGCAUGGACAUUUGCCCUGCUUUGCGGGAGCUUCUUUCCUGCGCCAAUCCUGCAGUUCGAGCCAAAGCAUGCAGCGCUGUGGGCAACAUGGUGCGACAUUCGGAUGUCUUCUACCAUGAAAUGAAGCAGGCUGGGGUCAUCAAGCAGCUGGUGCAACUCUGUAGCGACAGCGACGAAGCCUGCCGCAAGUUUGCGUCCUUCGCUGUAGGCAACUCGGCCUUUCACUCGUACACGCUGUACAACGACUUGGCACCAGCAAUUCCGAAGCUUUUGCAUCUUCUGCGGGAUCCAGAAGAGAAGACCCGCGCCAACGCCGCCGGAGCGCUUGGAAACUUGGUGCGGAACUCAGACGAGCUUUGCAGAGCGAUCAUUCAAGAAGGGGCAUUGGAAGGUCUUUGUGACAUCAUCCGGGUUAGAUGCCCAGCACCAGAUGCGGCGGCUGCCAAGCUGACUUCCGACUCCUCCGUGAAGAUUGCCCUCUUUUCUUUGGGAAACCUUGCCGUACAUGCCGCCUGCCGCUCCGAGUUGUGCAGUACGAAGGUGGUGGAGCUGUGCCAGUUCUUGGUGAGGAUUUGUAACCGCGAGGAGAUGGUGCACCAGUAUGCCAAGCGUUUGUUGCAGAAGCUGGGGCUGGAGACAGCGCGCAGGAAGUCUUAAAAACGUAUGCUGCCGUCACAGCCCAGGUAUACCUGUGGUUGAAGCACUUUGCC